AUGGUGUGCCAUAAGUAUGGGUGGGAUGAGAAUUUGUUGGUCUUGCAUCUAGUGGUGGACAGAUUCAACAUGUGUUCAACGGUGUUUCAAGACAUUCUCAAAGUGCUAUCGGAAGACACUAUUCUAGCCAAAGAGUUUCGCGAUCAGAUUCGAUGUGUAAUUGGACCGGGUCGAUCGGUGCGAUUUUGGCUAGACCCAUGGGUUGAUUCUGCCCCUCUCCAUAUAUCUUUCCCCCGAAUGUUUGCUCUAUCUAAUAACAAGAAUGCUUUAAUUAGUGAGGUGGGACACAACCAAGGGCGAAAAUGGAACUGGCAAUUGGAGUUUCGUAGAGAGUGUUUUGGAUGGGAGAAAGAUGAGGAAGGAAGAUUUUAUGCCACUGUGAAUUCAUAUCUGCCUAGUGCUGGUCGAGAUGUAAUCCUAUGGAUUGGUGAUCAUAAAGGGCUAUUCUCAGUCAAAGCUAUUUGCGAAGCUAUGGAAUUACGCCUCUUAUCUCCUUUGCCUGGUGUUUGGAACAUUCCUAAACGACUCCGCAAAAUUAUUCCACCAAAAAUAUCAUUGUUUCUUUGGCAAGCGGUUUAUAAUAAAAUUGCUGUCAAGAGUAAUCUAGUGGAAAGGGGUAUGACAUUGGAAAAUGAAGGGCGCUGUAGUUUGUGUGGUUUGGUAGUUGAAUCAGUAACACAUUUGAUGUUAGCUUGUGAGCAGACCUACCCUUUAUGGUAUGGUGUACUUCACCGAGAGGGGGUGACAUGGUGCUGCCCGAGGACCGUUAUAGAUUUACUGGAUGAGUGGCCAGAACUAAGGGCAAAAUCUGAUACUGGUCUAUGGGAUUUGAUUCCUUAUUCACUUUGCUGGUCUAUAUGGCUAGGACGUAAUGAUCUUAUUUUUCAAGACAAGGAAUUCAAUUUGGAACAGAUAUGGGACCUGCACAUUUCUCGGAUUGCUUGGUGGAUUAAAGCUUAG